AUGGCCCCAGUGCAGCUGGAGAACCACGAGCUGGUCCAGCCCGGAGCCGGCGGCGCGGAUAGCGGCGGCCCCGCGUUAGCCCCGGUUCCUCCUCCUCCUCAGGGAGCCGCCUUGGCAGCGGCAGCUACAGCUGCAGCUGCAGCUAGGCCUGGCUACCGGCUGAGCACCCUCAUUGAAUUUCUGUUGCACCGGGCCUACUCAGAGCUCAUGGUAUUGACUGACCUACUUCCAAGGAAAUCAGAUGUGGAAAGGAAAAUAGAAAUAGUGCAGUUUGCCAGCCGGACACGCCAACUCUUCGUUCGAUUGUUAGCUUUAGUAAAAUGGGCUAAUGAUGUUGGCAAAGUGGAAAAAUGUGCGAUGAUCUCAAGCUUUUUAGAUCAACAAGCCAUCCUGUUUGUGGACACUGCUGAUCACCUGGCCUCAUUAGCUAGAGAUGCUCUGGUCCAUGCACGCCUGCCUAGUUUUGCCAUCCCAUAUGCUAUUGAUGUAGUGACUACUGGGUCUUACACACGGCUGCCAACCUGUGUAAGGGAUAAAAUUAUUCCCCCAGACCCAAUUACGAAAAUCGAAAAACAAGCCACACUUCAUCAGCUGAAUCAGAUUCUUAGACAUCGGCUUGUAACCACAGAUCUUCCUCCUCAGUUAGCAAAUCUUACAGUUGCAAAUGGCCAGGUGAAGUUUCGAGUUGAAGGAGAAUUUGAAGCCACCUUGACUGUAAUGGGAGAUGACCCUGCUGUUCCAUGGCGCCUCCUCAAGCUAGAAAUUCUAGUUGAGGAUAAGGAAACAGGAGAUGGGCAAGCUUUGGUUCAUAGUAUGCAAAUCAACUUUAUCCAUCAGCUGGUGCAGUCCAGGCUUUUUGCUGAUGAGAAACCACUUCAGGACAUGUACAACUGCCUACAUUCUUUCUGCUUAUCACUUCAGUUAGAAGUAUUACAUUCCCAAACUCUAAUGUUAAUCCGAGAGCGGUGGGGAGACCUUGUGCAGGUGGAAAGGUAUCAUGCUGGAAAGUGCCUCUCCCUCUCAGUUUGGAAUCAACAGGUUCUUGGGAGAAAAACAGGGACAGCUUCUGUUCAUAAAGUUACAAUUAAAAUUGAUGAGAAUGAUGUCUCUACACCUUUACAGAUUUUUCAUGAUCCUCCUUUGCCAGCUUCUGAUUCCAAAUUAGUAGAAAGAGCCAUGAAGAUUGACCACUUAUCAAUAGAAAAACUCUUGAUUGAUAGUGUCCAUGCAAGAGCUCAUCAGAAGCUCCAGGAACUGAAGGCCAUCCUUAGAGGCUUCAAUGCCAAUGAAAACUCUUCCAUAGAGACUGCACUUCCAGCCCUUAUUGUUCCCAUCUUGGAGCCCUGUGGUAAUUCAGAGUGUCUGCACAUUUUUAUAGAUUUGCAUUCUGGAAUGUUCCAAUUGAUGCUUUAUGGACUUGACCAAAACACUCUGGAUGACAUGGGGAAGUCUGUGAAUGAUGAUAUGAAACGGAUCAUUCCCUGGAUUCAGCAACUUAAGUUUUGGCUUGGGCAGCAACGUUGCAAACAAUCUAUCAAACAUCUGCCUACAAUAAGCAGUGAAACAUUGCAGCUUUCUAAUUACUCAACACAUCCCAUUGGAAACCUUUCUAAGAAUAAGCUUUUUAUUAAACUUACCCGCCUUCCUCAAUAUUACAUUGUUGUGGAGAUGUUCGAGGUUCCUAAUAAACCCACGCAGCUGUCAUACAACUACUACUUCCUGUCUGUGAAUGCAGCAGAUAGAGAAGACAGUCCUGUCAUGGUGGUGCUGCUGCAGCGGUUCAAGGAAGAUGUCCAAGACUUGAUUUGUCAUACAAAAUCUGGGAAACCGACCAGAACCGGUACCAAACACAAGUUGUCUGAUGAUCCAUGUCCGGUAGAAUCCAAGAAAAUCAAACGACCGGGAGAAAUGUGUGCCUUCAAUAAAGUUCUAGCUCACUUUGUUGCUAUGUGUGACACAAAUAUGCCAUUUGUAGGACUUCAGUUGGGGUUGUCCAAUCUGGAGAUUCCACAUCAAGGAGUGCAAGUGGAAGGUGAUGGCUUCAGCCACGCAAUACCCUUAUUAAAAAUUCCUCCCUGUAAGGGUGUAAGUGAAGAAACACUAAAGGCUCUGGACCGCUCUCUUGUUGAUUGCACUUUCCGAUUACAAGGUAGAAAUAACCGCACAUGGGUAGCAGAGUUAGUAUUUGCAAACUGUCCACUUAAUGGCACUUCUACUAAGGAGCAAGGACUGUCCCAGCAUGUAUACCUGACAUAUGAAAAUCUGUUGUCUGAACCUGUUGGUAGUAGAAAAGUAGUUGAAAUGUUUCUUAAUGACUGGAGUAGUAUUGCACGAUUAUAUGAGUGUGUGUUGGAAUUUGCACAUUCUCUACCAGACAUACCUGCUCAUCUAAAUGUUUUCUCAGAAGUUUGUGUUUAUAAUUACCAAAAACUUAUUUUAUGUUAUGGAACCACCAAGGGAAGUUCAAUUAGUAUCCAAUGGAAUUCCAUCCAUCAGAAAUUUCACAUUUCCUUGGGAACUGUUGGCCCAAACUCAGGUUGCAGUAAUUGUCACAAUACCAUUCUUCAUCAACUUCAAGAAAUGUUCAACAAAACACCAAAUGUGGUUCAGUUAUUACAGGUACUGUUUGAUACUCAGGCUCCGUUAAAUGCCUUCAACAAACUCCCCACUGUGCCGAUGCUGGGCUUGACCCAGAGAACCAACACUGCCUACCAGUGCUUCUCCAUUCUGCCACAGUCGUCCACCCACAUCAGACUGGCCUUUAGGAACAUGUAUUGCAUUGAUAUAGACUGCCGGAGUCAUGGUGUUGUGGCAAUACGGGAUGGUGCCUAUAGUCUUUUUGAUAACACCAAAUUAGUUGAAGGUUUUUAUCCAGCACCAGGACUAAAGACAUUUCUGAAUAUGUUUGUUGACAGCAAUCAGGAUGCUCAAAGAAGGUCUGUAAAUGAGGAUAAUAAUGCCCCUUCUUCUAUAGGAGGAGAUAUGAUGGAUUCUUUAAUAUCACAACUGCAGCCACCAACCCAACAACAGCCAUUUUCAAAGCAGCCAGGAACAUCAGGCGCUUAUCCUCUUACUUCACCACCUACAUCUUACCACGACACAGUUAAUCAGUCUCCCUCUAUGAUGCAUACACAGUCUCCAGGAACUCUUGACCCUAGUUCCCCAUAUACUAUGGUGUUACCAAGUGGACGAGCAGGGAACUGGCCAGGGUCACCUCAAGUAUCUGGCCCCUCACCAGCAACAUACAUGCCUGGAGUGUCACCAGCCAAUCCAUCAUUACCACUGCAUUCUCCUGUUCCAAAUGCUUCUCAUUCCCAAACUGGAACAAGUUUCCAAACGAUGCCAACAAACAUGUCUCCACCUUGUAAGCUACCUCAGCGCUCUUGGGCGACAUCCAUACCUACCAUCCUCACUCACAGUGCCUUGAACAUUUUACUGCUGCCCUCUCCAACACCAGGCCUCGCGCCCGGCUUGGCAGGCAGUUACCUUUGUUCUCCACUUGAGAGAUUUCUUGGAUCAGUCAUCAUGAGAAGACACCUUCAAAGAAUUAUUCAACAAGAAAUGCUGCAGCUGAUAAAUUCCAAUGAACCUGGAGUGAUAAUGUUUAAAACUGAUGCACUGAAAUGCAGAGUAGCCCUGAGUCCCCAAACCAACCAGACACUUCAGCUAAAAGUGACACCUGAAAAUGCAGGACAGUGGAAACCUGAUGAACUUCAAGUUUUGGAGAAAUUCUUUGAAACAAGAGUUGUAGGACCACCAUUUAAAGCUAACACGUUAAUAGCCUUCACCAAGCUAUUGGGAGCUCCUACGCACAUCCUCAGGGACUGUGUGCACAUUAUGAAGCUGGAGUUGUUCCCUCACCAGGCAACACAGCUAAGAUGGAAUGUUCAGUUCUGCCUGACGAUCCCUCCAAGCGCACCACCGUUUGCACCUGCUGGGAUGCCUGCUGUAGUGCUGAAAUCCAAAAUGCUAUUUUUUCUUCAGCUAACUCAGAAAACAUCGGUUCCUUCCCAAGAACCUGUUAGUAUUAUAGUUCCAAUGGUUUAUGACAUGGCUUCAGGUACAACCCAGCAGGCAGAAAUUCCCAGACAGCAGAACUCUUCUAUUGCUGCUCCCAUGAUGGUCAGCAACAUUCUGAAGAGGUUUGCAGAGAUGAAUCCACCACGACAAGGUGAAUGCACAAUAUUUGCAGCUGUUUGUGAUUUAAUGGUUAAUCUUAUACUGCCUCCUGUUGGGCAUCCAUAGACACUAUUGUUUUUAAACCAGGAAGGCUGACAGAUGAGACAAAACAACAACAACAAAAAUCUGAAAUCAGCCUUCGGUUUAAAAAAGAGAAAGGAGUUUUUUUGACUUUAGGAGCUAAGUGUUCUAAACUGGCAAAAAUUUUCAGGGUGCACUUCUUUCAUCAAAAAGACCGUCGAUCUUUUGUAUAGUUAACUUGUAUAGUGUGUUUAAGUGGGCCACAUUUCAAACUCGGUAAUAUAUCUGUGUCCGCUUGCUAGUGAUAGAUUUAAUAUUGUUUCAUGCUAUGAAGUUAUGAAAUGCCAAUCUCAUUUAUUAAGGCAGGUCUGUCAUUUUUGAAUACUGUAAAACUGUGAUAAACUUUGAAUUGAAGCUAUAUUUUAAUAUGACCACUUUGAAUCCUUACAUGAAAAUGUUCUGGGAGUUGUUACACACACAUCCCAAAGAAGCAAUAUUUAAUAAAGCUAGGUUAAACACACACACACCAAAAAAAAAAAAGCAGUGACACUCACACGUGUGUAUAUAAGCUCUAUAGACUUCUUAGGGCUUCCCUUCAUCUUUAACCUGGUUGGACCAGUAAUUAAUUUGUAGUAAUACAUAUCUGAAAUUUGAUCAAAAGCAUCUGCUUCUUUGUUUUAGGUUAAUUUCUUUUCUUGAAGCAUUCUUAACUUGACUAGUGGUUAAUGUUUAGCACUUCAAUUGUCUUUCAGUGUAGGAUUUGGGUUAAAAAGAAAGAACCUAGUCUUUCUGAUUUUUAUCAUGAACACCAGCGUUUUGUUAGAACCAAUGUACAAAAAAUGUUUACAUUUGAGGGUGAAUCUUUUUGUGUUUUGUUCAUAUUCAAAAUAUGCA